AUGUUGCCCUCACAGCGUGCUGAUGGAUUGCGUGCUGGCAAAACCAAGCGGUCACCAAGCCCUUCGCCGCCACCUGGGAGGGGUGAUGAGUCACCGUUUAUAAGCCAUGGACCUGUCCUACCUACCGAGAAUCGAGCAGCUGCCAGCAGCGAACCCCAAAAUACGGUCUAUGGAGGGACAAGAGCCCCUGAGACAAUACCUUCAACGACCGUCACUUGUAGUCCGCGUCCACAGCCGCAACCCAUUGGAGUUGUCCCUACGGAGGGCAUUCACCACGGCACUCAGCCUGCCGGAGACAAUGAUGCAUACCCAGAAUCGACAAUUCCAGCAUACUACCGUGCUCCUCAUCGGGGUCCACGCAGGACCAGGAGCGGCCAGAGUAGCAGGCCGGGUGUUGACUUCAUUGUCCGUCGAAAGCCGCUUGAUCCAGUCAACUCCACUGUGGGUCCCUCCAAUGGCCGAUAG